GAGUUCAAUGUGCAGUGUGGUGUUAUUGCUUUGCAGCAUCGGCUUUUGCUGUGGAAUUUAGCCCGAAUAUAAAGUGUUUUUAAAUUUGAUUUUGGAUGAAUAGCUCACUGUGAUAUUUAGUUCAGUGAUGCCAGCUUCCGUUUUUGGGCGACGAGUUUCUUUAUUAAUAAAUAGUAAACUAUUGGUUACACGACCAAUCUGUCAUAAUCGCACAGCAGUAGCAGCAGUAGCAGAAAGUGUCAAGAAAAUUAGAAAGAUGGAAAGUGUCGUAGAUUUGAAAUUCCCCACCGGCUCGUUGGUGCCGAAAAACGAAACCGGAGCCCUGAAUCUGAUACGCAAGUAUCCGGACUACGAUGGGAGGGGCGUAACCAUCGCCAUUCUGGACUCGGGUGUCGAUCCUCGAGCGAAAGGACUGGAGACCGUUCCAGGAGGAGAAGUCAAAGUAAUUGAACGGUUUGACUGUUCCGGUUGUGGGGAUGUAGAUACUAGCAAAAUUGUUACGGCUGCGCCGGACGGAACGAUCGUGGGGCUUUCUGGUAGGGUCCUUCGGUUGUCGAAAGCAAUGGAAACGGAAAACGUGGGCGGUGAGUAUCGCGUUGGAAUCAAAAGUAUGCACGACUUAUAUCCUUCGCGGAUCCGUGAGAAAAUAGUAGCGGAUUCGAAGCUGAAAAGUUGGGACGAACCGCACAAACGGGUCGUAGCCGAAGCAAGUCGUGAUUUGGCCGAAUUCGAUGCCAAAAACCCAACCGCGCAGAACUUAUCCCUAAAGGACAAAUUAGCGAAGGAGAAUCUGGACUGUACGCUGGAGUUUUUGAACUCGUGUGAAAAGAAGUAUUCCGACCUGAAGACUACCUACGACUGCGUGUUGUUUAUGACCAAAACUGGGUGGCUGGCGGUGAUAGACAUCACUGAGCGUGGUGACCUGGAUAAUGCGGUACACGUUCGAGAGUACAGUAGAACACACGAGAUGGUCAACCUAGACGAUUUCCUGUCCAUUUCGAUCAACGUGCACGACGAGGGCGAUGUGCUGGAAAUUGUCGGAAUGUGUUCAAGUCACGGCACACAUGUAGCCUCGAUUGCCUGUGGUUAUCACGAGGACAACCCCGAACUGAACGGAGUUGCACCGGCUGCCAAGGUUGUUUCCUUAACCAUCGGCGAUGGUCGGCUGGGUUCGAUGGAAACAGGAACUGCACUGGUGCGUGCGAUUAUCAAAGUGAUGGAGUUAUGCGAAUCGGGUCGUAAAAUCGAUGUAAUCAAUAUGAGCUACGGAGAGCAUAGUCACUGGUCCAACUCCGGACGGGUUGGGGAACUGAUGAGUGAACUUGUCAAUAAGUACGGCGUUGUAUGGGUGGCUUCGGCUGGAAAUCAUGGCCCUGCCCUUUGCACCAUUGGAACUCCACCGGAUAUAAGUCAACCAAGCUGUGUCGGAGUGGGUGCCUAUGUGUCACCCGAUAUGAUGGAGGCUGAAUACAGCCUACGGGAAAAGCUGCCGGGGAACGUGUACACGUGGACCUCCCGAGAUCCGUGCAUCGAUGGGGGCUUCGGUGUGACAGUUUGUGCUCCAGGAGCAGCGAUUGCUUCUGUGCCACAAUUUACAAUGUCCAAAGCGCAGCUAAUGAACGGAACUAGCAUGGCAGCUCCCCAUGUUGCCGGUUCGGUUGCAGUUAUAGUGUCUGGAUUAAAGCAGCGGAACAUCAAUUACACAGCAUUUAGUAUUAAACGAGCGCUCUGGAACACUGCCACUAAAAUUGACUAUGUAGAUAAAUUUGCUCAGGGCAACGGUUUGCUGAAUGUUGAGAAAGCUUUCGAAAAUUUGACCACCUAUUCGGGGUUGGUCGAGAAUAAUCUCCGAUUUUCCGUCACUGUUGGACCAAACGGCGCAAAGGGAAUCCAUCUACGUCAGGGACUGUUGACGAAACCGGAAGAAUUCAACGUCAACAUUGAGCCGGUAUUUUUUAACGAUAAAUAUACAUCUUCCUCCUACAAAAUUAGUUUCAAUGUGAGACUGACACUCAUUCCAACUGAGUCGUGGAUUCGAUGUGGAUCCUUCUUGGAUCUCUGCUACUCCACAAGAACUAUCAUCGUGAAGGUAGAUCCAACGGGAUUGAUUGCCGGAGUGCAUAAAGCGAGCAUUAAAGCUUUUGAUUCUUCCUGCGUGGAUAAGGGAGUUUUAUUCGAGAUUCCUAUCACCGUUGUCCAACCGAUUGUAGUUGAUCCGACAACGCUGGAAUAUACUUGCUCGGAGGCAAUAAUCUGUAAACCGAAUACGAUUUUGCGAAAUUUCUUCCUUGUCCCGAAAUAUGCCACAUGGGCUGUGCUCGAAAUGAUUUCCACGGAUACAAACAAUUCCGUGGGUGGUAAGUUCCUCAUCCAUACGAUGCAAAUACUGCCGAUGAAGUACUGUAAAGCUCUGGAGACGCAGAAAAUUCUACCCGUAAAUAGUGUAGCAACUACAGUUUAUCCGUUUAAAUGCUUGGGUGACAAUAUUCUGGAAGUUUGCAUCGCCAAAUACUGGUCGAACUUUGGAUGUGUGCCACUGAAGUAUUCCCUUAAAUUCCAUGGCAUCUCACCUCUGAACGGAAACGUAAUGCACAGUGCGAGUGGAAUUCAUCGAAUCGAUCUGACGACACUUUCAACGGAGGAAGUUCUGCCGUCCGUCUCACUUAAAUCAUCGGUGAUGGUACUGAAACCCUCCGAUACGAAAAUAACACCUCUCUCGGAACGCGACGUGAUACACCCGGGUCGUCAAAUCUAUCAAAAUGUGCUGACUUACAACCUGCAUCUGAACAAAAGUCAGGAGGUUGCUUUUUAUGCACCCUUGUUCAGCAGUGUUUUGUACGAAAGUGAGUUCGAAUCCCAAUUCUGGAUGAUUUACGACGCCAACAAGAUGAUGGUCGGUUGCGGUGAUGCAUACUCUAGCGAUAGUUAUCUGAAGUUGGAGAAAGGUGACUACAUCAUUCGGCUGCAGAUUCGUCACGACAAAAAAGAUCUGCUGGAGAAAGCCAGUGAGGCAACUAUUCUGGCAAACAUAAAACUUGCGAACGCACUUGCAGUGGAUAUUUAUAAGUCACACAAUCAAGCAAUUGCCAAUGGAAAGAAAAUUGCGGCGUGCGUCUUCCCUGCUGGUGUUACCCGCCCUAUCUAUCUAGCUCCGAUUUCCAAUGAUAAACUUCAGAAAGCUUCUUUCCCUAAUCAAUGUUCUUGGCUAGAAGGAACCAUAGUUUACGCCAAAGAUGAGCUGGGCAAAAAAUGUGACACCUAUAACUUCCAAUAUAUCCUAACGGAGGGCCCAACGGUGAAGAAAAAUGGUAACUCCACAAAUUCCAAGGAAACCAAAAGUAAAUUCGAAGAGUACAGCGAGGGUUUACGUGACUAUCAGGUCGCACAGAUUGCUAAACUCGAUCCAGAAAACGCCGAAAUAGUCUAUAAGGCUGUUCUCAAGGACAAUCCAAACUAUCCGGCAGCUCAUCUAGCGCUUAUUGAAAACCUAGAUAGCAGUGAUCUGAAAACAAAUCUACCGCUAGCUUUUGCUGCUAGUUUGGAUAAGGGAGAGAGCGGCGCAGCUGCUGCUGCUUUGCUCAAGGUAAAACUGCUUAAAAUCAUAGAACUGGCCGAUCUGCUGUUGAAAGACGUUGACCACAACGCGCUGCUGGCAUACUACGGUAUGAAGACGGACAAUCGACAAAAUGCGGCUAAAAUCAAAACUCAAAUGGACAAGCAGAAGCAACAACUGCUGGAGGCAGCCCAAAAAAAGCUAAUAGCACUCUGCAAGUUGCGGGUCAUUAAGUCCGUUGUAGAUAGCAAUGAGGUUGGCGAGCCGGAUGCCGACAAGUUGGAUGAAAUAGAUCAGAUUUUUGGUGACGUUGGCAAAUUCAUUGAUUACAAUGAUUCAAAAGUACUGCUGACAUCGAUUUGGCACGCGUUUACCUUGAAGCAGCACGGUCGAAUGUUGAAAUAUCUCGGCAAACUGUACGAAGAGAAACUGGCCUGGGAAGUUCUCGAUGAGACUAUUCGAGUUGUUGGCGAACAGAAGUGGUCUCACAUAGAGCAAAUGCUGAAAAAGGUGAUUGUUACCUCCAACCCUCAGGGAUACCGAUUGUUUUAGAAUGAUGGUUUAGUAAAGCAAAUAAUAGAAAAAUCCCUCUAAUCCACCUGGAGGAUAACAAAUUUUAGCUGAUCGUCUCCGUCAGAGGCAAAUCAAGUCUUGUAAAUCGUUUAUUGUUCAUAUAUUGCAAUAGUAAGACCUUUAGGUACUACGUGCUGUUCAGAUCCAAAACAUGUUCUGGUGGUCAAAGUGUGUGAGGAAAAGCCGUACCCAAGAUCUCAACGCGUUUAACUGGAAUCGAUUAGACUUAUGCUUGAGUUUAAAUCGGUAUUAAAGUUAAAAAAUUUUGAACGAAAACUCAUUGGAAUGAAGUAGAGAAUCGGUAGUGAGUGGCGGAUUGAACGCAUGUAGAAUAGCUUUUCAAGAUUUUUCAUAUUCAGAUAUUGUACAGUGAAGUAUUCCAAAACAGAGAAUAAUGUUUACAACGUAUAUAACAUAAGUAGAAGACUAGUGAGGCACAGAACUUAUGCUCGUAUCUUCGAUUUUGCCGAUGCUGCUAUAUAGUCAACACAAACCAUCCAACUUUAAAACGCGUCUGUAGUUCAUGUGUUGUAGAUAACAUUCAUUAGGACGAUUAACCAAUAAAGUUAAGCUAACCAGAUUUCGAACGAA